GUUCAUUUCGGUGCCACGGAGAUCACGUUGACCAAUUCAGCGUCAAAAAUAUCACAUCUCGGAAAAGGUCGCUGUGUGUCUUGAACGGGAUGGGGUUCACUCAAUGACAAACCACUGCAUUGGCGCGUCCUCCUGACGGUCUGAUGGAAGCUUCAGAGCCUCCACUAUUGUCGGAUGAGGGGUAAAGAGAGCAAAUAUUACACCCGAUUCAUUUUGCUGAACCGCUCAAACGCCGCAGUUUGGAGUCCAUUUCUUGUGGCAUUGUCGUCUCUCUGCUCGGACUGUAUUCUCUGGGCUCUGUGGCAGCACUGACAGCCUCAUUAGUGACUGUUUGCGAAAUUCUCGACGGCGACAACAACCUCUCCACGGCGAAAAGGUGGAGCCUCGAUAUCUGCGUCCGUCCCUCCGCUCGCUUCCACUCUCACCAUGUCCGACGCUGCAACUAGAGCAGCAGAGACUCUCCGCUCGAAACAGAAGCCCCUGAAAGACAAAUACCGAUCCGACCCUUCCUCCGCUCUGGUUACUUUAUCCUCCAGCGGCACUCUUGACCCUACCUCAACGAGCCUAACAUGUUCGCUCUCGACGAGCACAGCGGCGCGGAAAGUGGCUGGUCUACAUCGAGCCGCAGGUGGAGAAGGGUUUGAUGCAUCGGGUGAAUUGUGCUCGGGAGACAUGCUGCUCGAAUCGUUGGUGGCGUGCUUUGGUGUCACCGUUCGCGCAGUGGCCACGAGUCUGGGGAUUCCGAUCAACAAUGGAACAAUCACAGUAGAAGGGGAUCUCGACUUUCGCGGUACAAUGGGCAUCAAAGAUCCCGAGGGAAAUCCUGCACCAGUCGGAUUCACAAAGAUUAGACUGAUUGUGCGGCUCGAUGUCGACGAGGAGCACAAGUCAAAGGUGAACAAACUGAUCGAGCUGAGUGAGAGGUAUUGUGUGGUUCUACAAACGUUAAAGGGAGGUGUCAAUGUCGACACCCAACUGGGGCACGUCGGCAACGUGGUCCCUGAUGCACGAAAGGACGAGGACGAGACUGUCAAUCAAGGCAAGGGGGAAGGCAUGUCCGACAUUCCGCCCAAUGAAGCUGUACUCAAGGUGAACUGAGCAUCUUGCCAGUCGCUAUCAAGUGAAUUGGAGCCAUCCGCACCCUCAGAGCCUGCAACAAGCUCAAACAGGAGCUUCAAUGGUGCAUCGGGCAUUCUUCCUCGGACAGUGGGCGGCGCAGGAUUCGAUGCUGUAUACGAGUACGACGCUACUCAUGAUGCCGGCAGGUGUCUCGCGGACUUGCUGAUAUCCUCGUAGACUUUGUCAUUGUUGCUUAGCUGCUUCAAGCUGGUGGUCCGUUCCCCUUUAGUUUGAGCUUGGUGUGGCUGUGUGGCUGUGCGUGUGGCCGUUGACCUCCACAUUACCCAAUGGCUGUGCGAAUCUCUAUCACCUUCUGUGGCUGUGUCGCCGUCUCCAGCCACGAUAUUAAUUCUAACCGAAC